CACCGCGCCCGGGGCCUCUCCCCGCAGGGCUACUACACGCGCCGCGGCGGCAUCGGCGAGAGCGGGGAUUUCAUCACCUCACCUGAAAUCAGCCAGGUGUUUGGAGAGCUAAUAGGAAUAUGGUAUAUUAGUGAGUGGAUGGCCAUGGGCAAACCUAAGGCGUUCCAGCUGGUGGAACUGGGCCCAGGAAGGGGCUCUCUUACUGAUGAUAUAUUACGGGUCUUCAAGCAGCUUUCCUCUUUACUUAGUAAAUGUGAUGUCUCUAUUCAUCUGGUAGAAGUGAGUCCCAAACUCAGUGAGAUGCAGGCGCUGAUGCUGACAGGAGGGAAGGUGCAGUCAAACCCCCAGGAUGACUCUGCUUACAUGAAAGGUGUUAGCAAGACUGGAAUUCCCAUUUUCUGGUACAGAGACAUUCAAGAUGUCCCACCAGGUUACAGCUUUUACUUAGCACAUGAAUUUUUUGAUGCCCUGCCAAUACAUAAAUUUCAGAGAACAGAGAAAGGCUGGCGUGAAGUGCUGGUUGAUAUAGACCCAGAAAUUCCCGAACAGCUGCGGUUUGUCCUGUCACCAUCCAGUACCCCUGCGACUGAAAACUUUAUUCAGCCUGAAGAAACAAGAGACCAUGUUGAAGUGUGUCCUGAGGCUGGUGUCAUCAUUCAGAGGCUUGCGUGUCGUAUAGAAAAGGAUGGUGGGGCUGCACUGGUUGCUGAUUAUGGUCAUGAUGGAACCAAAACAGACACUUUCCGGGGUUUUCGGAAUCACAAACUACAUGAUGUGCUGAAAGAUCCAGGCACAGCAGACCUGACAGCAGAUGUUGAUUUCAGCUAUCUUCGAAAGAUGACACAGGGAAGAACAGCCACUUUGGGCCCUAUAAAACAGCAGGAGUUUUUGAAAAACAUGGGCAUUGACCUCCGAUUACAGGUGCUCUUGCAGAAUUCACGUGACACAGCAACUCGUGAGCAGUUACUUCACAGCUAUGACAUGUUGAUGAAUCCCAAGAAGAUGGGGGACUGCUUUAACUUUUUUGCCCUGCUGCCUCACCACAGACUUGUACAUCCUGACAAGAAAGAUAAGCCAGAAUCGAAGACUUCCUUACCACCUGUCGGUGGAUUUUGUGAACUCUUGCUGACGUAAUUUCAAAUACCAUAGCAAAA